GGCAUGGACGUCCGCGUCCGUACGGUCCACCUUGGCGACGACUGAUCUGGCAGACCGCUGGUAGGGCGGGAGCGCUUCUCGCUACCGGUUCGAGGUCGUAGGGCAGACAAGGAUGCAGCCGUCUGUCCGCGUGCCCUAGAGCCAGGUCAAGCCGCUCCCUGCAAGCCGUUCAUCGGCGGCAGCAAGAAGCAUCCGUUUUGCUGGGAAUUCUUUGUAUUGUGUGGUUGGGGCGUCGUCCCUCGUACGGCAUUUGUCUUCGAGUUCCUCUCUGCCGUGCCGUCUGGCGAUCAGUCAGCAGCCAGCGCGGGUGAGUGGCGCGUUUGGGCAACACGUGCGAUCUUGAAGCGUUAGGAACAACAGACGGCAGGCAAGCAGUGAACAGAAGAACAGAAGUCAGUUCGCUGGACUGCAAUCGGUCAAGAUUGGAGAACGGAGGUGGUUUGCUUGCCUACCUGUGAGGGAGAGGUGAUGAAGGAAAGACUGCGGUAGUCGAGGUCCAUUGAGAACGUGUGCGAGAAAGAAUGUGCGGCAGGGCAGUCAGUCGCUUACACUGUAUCCCAAGAAAUCAACAGAGUUGGCUGGGUGACUGGUUGCGUGGAUCGGAGCUUUGCUUUGCGUUCUGGGUAAACCUUGUUUCGAUCUUUGUGCAAAACGGAAGUGAGCCUGAGGGAAGCGGGACGAAAGAAGAAGGAGAGGGGACGUGAACGGAAGAGGCAAUUGACUCGGUGAGCGGAGCUGUCUUGCUGUCCAUGGCUAGCUGAGCCGGGAAGACACGGGCAAUGCCGAGCUGGUAAAUAUCAUUUGCUGCGAACAGGUGUCAAAGCCGCCGGCUAGCUCGAUCGCGUGGCUGCGGCCACGGAUCUUCUGGCUGGCGGUAGGUCCUCUCCUUGGAAAUAGUGACUAUUAUGGUUUGCACGAGCGGCUGCGAAUAUCGCCCUGCCAUGUGCAGGCACGCCGUGGAGAUCUAUACCCUUCGUCCAGGGUAGCCUGCUGAGAGAGAGAGAGAGAGCGAGCGAGCGAGCGAGCGAGCGAGCGAGCGAGCGAGAGAGAGAGAGAGAGAGAGAGAGAGAGAGAGAGAGAGAGAGAGAGAGAGAGAGAGAGAGAGAGAGANGAGAGAGAGAGAGAGAGAGAGAGAGAGAGAGAGAGAGAGAGAGAGAGAGAGAGAGAGAGAGAGAGAGAGAGGGAGGUGGGUGGGAUAUUGUGGUAGAUAGAGAGAGAGAGAGAGGGAGGUGGGUGGGAUAUUGUGGUAGAUCUGGACUGCAGCUUAGUGACUGUUGAAUGACUUCACAUGUGAGGGGAUUGUCGGAUGUGGUAGCGCGGGCGGUGAUGGAGGCUCGGGGAAACUUGGAUGGGCACGUCGGGAGGGGAGUUGGACGGCAGGGUGCGGGUGGGGAUGGGGAUGGGGUCGGGUCUUCGACUCGGGGGAGUAUGUGGGUGGGGGACGGGGGCAAGAAGUACGUCAGGGAUGAGCGGGCAUGGGACAUUUGGUUGUGGGGAGGACUUGAUAACUCACCGUGGGCCGGCAAGCGCCACGCUGCUGCUUUCCGAGCCGCCGAUCUUGAACUGCGUCAUCGGGCACGUGCAGCUGCCGCUUGCAUCAGCAAGGUAGAGAGCGAAGAUUUCGCGUGGGAAGCGGGACGAUGGGGUAAGCAGUCUUUUGAAGUCGAGGCUUCGGCGCGGUCAAAAGAUCGGGCACUUCUGGAAGCAGCUUUGCAUUCUCUUGGAAACUGUCCGUUGGAAGGUAUAGAAGCCGCGCAAGCAGGUUUUCAGGAGAGGAACUCUGGGGGCAGCGAAGAACCGGGAGGAUGGGGAGAAGGGAGUGCGAGGGAAAGAGGCAACGCCAUGGUUAUUGAACAAAAACGGCUUGCAAGCACGAGCGGGACAAGUGGGGAGUUUCUCCCUGUCAGGGAAUCGAGGCAUCCUGUGAAGAGAAUUCACUCCUUGAAAGAAGUGAGCAGCAAUAACAACUUUGUGAAGCGUCGAAAGACCAAACGAGAAACGACGGGGAUAGGCAACACGUCGUCGUAUUCGCUAUAUCCAUCGUCCUCAGAAGCGGGUGAGAGAUCUUUGGGAGGACGACUUGUUGGCAAAGAUCGGAUGAUAACCUCAAUGCAAGAUGAGGGGGCGCGUUCUGGCACGGGGGGGAGAUAUGGUGCGUCGACGGACAUAUUUCAGAAAACGAACAUUGGCGGUGGGUACAACCCUGCCACUGAGGAGCGCCCGUGCAGCCCCUCGCUGGAGGACCGCUCCGGAUCCGCAGAAAGGCAGUGCAUAAGUGGCUCGGUGGGGUUCGCUAAUCGGGGAGCGGCCGAAGGUGAGGAAGCAAGCGAAUGCCCGCGGGAGUGUUUUGUCGACCGGCUCAGCAAUGACUUAAUUGAGGACGUCGACUUCUUGACAUCGUCCAUGCACCUCAUCACGAUGACUGUGGAGGGGAGUGUUCAGGAGCUGCAUACGAUGCACAAAUUCUUGAUCAGUAAGGGAGAAAAUAUGGUUGUAACUAUUGAGGAAGGAGGGAUUAAGCAGAGCAGUCGCGUAAUCAAGCAAGAUUCGACGGCCGUGACAACAUGGGUGACGAAAGCAGAACACCGUCUGGAGGUUGCCAUGGGUGACGUCGUCUAUCUUUUCGGGCAACUUGCGAGGAAGUGCUCCAAAUAUGAGCGACGUCUUGAAUUGCUGAAAGAUGAAGUUGAUGAGGCUAGAACACGACGUCUAGCUGCUGAGAUGGCGUAUUGUGAGAGUCAGUGCGCUGAAGUCAUGCUGGAGAAGAGAGUGCAGAAGUUGUUUGAGCGUGUGCGCGAACUGGGGGGGGGUGUAGACAAAAUGUAAGAGUAUGUCCGUUUGCAUCUGCGGUGAAAAUCUCUGUCUUUGCUUUCGUCACGUUCGAGUGUGCUUCAUGUCCGCUCCGUGGAGCGCAAGUUUAGUGGACGUAGAUUGUUGACACGACGCAGAAAGGGGUUUUCAUAUGAUAGCAAUCACAGAAGUGACGGUGGUUUUUAGAAUGGUCAAGCUUUCUUCGCAUUUGAUUUGUCAUCCUCAGGCUAUUUCGUAGAAUGAAAGCAAGAUAAUUUUUUGGAAGUUACGGUGGUUUGUAGAAUGGUCAAGCUUUCUUCGCGUUUGAUUUGUCAUCUUCAAACUAUUUCAUCAAAUGAAAGCAAGUGAUUUUUUUUUUGGAAGAUACUCUCUGUCUCUCUCUCUCUUUCUUUCUUUGGGUCCAUUGUUGUGAUAUCUGUCUCUUUUGAAAUGAUACAUGAAAUGGUAUUGCGUGCACGUUGUUGUUGAUGAGGGAUAAUGAAAGCCAUGUUUUCGU